UCGAAGUUGUUAUAUUAUGUGAUCCUGAAAAGCAAUCGGGUAAUCAUGCAGGAUCGGGGCGUCAGUAUCAACUCAAUAUGUCAGAUUUCAGAUUCUUUACUGUCGUUAAACAUGAAGGAAAAAAUGAUACUUACGUUGUACUAGAUAAUGAUUAUUUGGAUUAUUUGGAUAUAACAACGCAAGACAAAACACAAAUAUUAUGCCGUACAUUGAACAAGGGUCUGAAGGCAAAAAAUACGCGCCCCAUGAUGUCUUUAAUCAUGCUUAUCUCUCUUGACGUCGUAGUAAACAUGAAGGAAGUGAAUUUAACUUUAUCUGUUAAUGGAAUAACUUUACGGAUUUCUCAGGAUACAAGAUGGAUAGAUGACUUGGUCUCAUUCUUUCAAGAACCAGAAAUG